AUGGCACCCCAAGCCGUGGAAGUCAACGUGGAGCCCGUCAUCAACGGUGCCAAGAGAGGCUGUGAUGGACUCGGAUUGAUAGAAAGUGGUCAUCCUCUUAAGCGCAGCAGGGUCCCCAACGAGCAGGCAGAGAAGACAGCUGGACUGACCACACCGCCGUUGUCAUCGGCCGAGACGGAUCGGAGCGGAAAGACUUUGGCAUCAUUUCUAUUUUCACCCAAAGCUAUAGCAAAGAUCUGGGGUGUAGCUCAGCAGAGCUUUUCUUCUGCAUCACCGCCAACUCUCUUCCCAGAAUAUACCAAACCCGGCGGAACAAAGUACGUCUACCGCGAACUGGACUUCUGGACUUCGGGAUUCUUCCCGGGAUGUCUGUACCUACUCCUCGAGCGGCGACGCAAGUAUGUCCACCACAUGAGACACCUGGGCUGGUCCGCUGAAGAAGAACCGCACCAACUACACUUGGAGUUCGCCUGUAAAUGGUGGACGGAGACACUUCACCCCAAUGCGCAGCUCACGACAACACACGACCUUGGCUUUAUGAUCUUCCCCUGGGCGCGGCCGGCUUGGGAGCUGAACCAUGACCGACGAGCGUACCAUACCGCCAUUACAGCUGCGAAAUCGCUAUACAGCCGGUACGAUGCGACAGUCGGUUCCAUUCGAUCCUGGGACGUCUGCGUAACGAAGCGAUACAAGUUCUUGGAUCCCAGCGCGGAUUUCCUCGUAAUCAUCGAUAAUAUGAUGAAUCUCGACGUGAUCUUCUGGGCUGCCGCGCAACUCGGCGACGAACACAUGUAUAAUGCUGCCGUCAAGCACGCCGAGACGACAAGAACGCACCACAUCCGCGCGGAUUUCUCAACUUUCCACGUCGUCAACUUUGAACAAAGCACCGGAGUACCCAAAGAGAAGAUAACGAAUCAGGGUUACUCCGAUACGUCGUCCUGGUCUCGCGGCCAAGCCUGGGCCAUCGCCGGUUUCGCGCAGACGUACGGCUGGACCCGCGACGUGUCGUUCCUCGAGACGGCGAUAUCCUGUGCCGAUUUCUUUAUCGCGCAGACUCCAUCCAGUGGUAUCCCCCCUUGGGACUUUGCCGCCCCGAAAAGCGAGCUCCAGCCUCCAGACGUCAGCGCCGCGAUGAUCUCGGCGUAUGGUAUGCUGCUGAUUCACGAGGCUCUGGUAUCCCUCGGAAGAGAAUCGACAUACCUGAAACACGCCUUGGGAUUGAUACACGCCGCUUGCAACACUCAUAUGAAUGGCGGGGGAAGUUACGUCAAGUCUCAUAGGACGAUCGACACAGUUGAGCAUGGUACGGUAGAUGAAGAGAUUGGUUGGGAGGUGGACAUGGAAGGUGAGCCCGAAACGAUCUUGAAUGGCGCAACUAUCAACAACUACGAGUUCGCGCCACGGAGGUGGGCGAAUCACGGACUAGUAUACGCCGACUACUUCUUCCUGCUAGUAGGAAACAAGCUGCUAGAGAUGGGGGUCCCGGAGCUAUUCGAAAGCAGCGUCUGA